AUGGCCUUGAAGCGCAUUAACAAGGAAUUGAUUGAUCUCGGGCGUGACCCACCCUCGUCUUGCAGCGCUGGGCCGACGGGCGACAAUAUGUUCCAGUGGCAGGCGACGAUUAUGGGACCGGGUGACUCGCCGUACGCGGGCGGUGUUUUCUUCCUUUCUAUCACGUUCCCUGUCGACUAUCCCUUCAAGCCUCCCAAGGUCAGCUUCACGACGAAGAUCUACCACCCCAACAUCAAUGCCAACGGCUCGAUUUGUCUGGACAUUCUGAGGGACCAGUGGUCGCCCGCUCUGACCAUCUCGAAAGUGCUACUUUCGAUUUGCUCAAUGCUCACUGACCCCAAUCCCGAUGAUCCUCUUGUGCCCGACAUUGCUCAUUUGUACAAGACCGACCGCACUCGAUACGAGGCGACGGCUCGGGAGUGGACGAGGAAGUAA